AUGGCUCAUUCUAAGCAUAUAGACAAAGUUCUUGAUAGGCAUAGUGAUGAAACUAUUGCAAAUAACCGCUUAAGGUUGAAGACAUCUAUUGAUGCUAUUCGAUGGCUUGCAUUUCAAGCAUGUGCAUUUAGAGGCGACGAUGAAAGUCCUGGAUCUUUGAAUAGGGGAAAUUUUAUUGAGUUAAUUAAGCUUUUAGCUUCAUGUAAUCAGAAUGUUAAUAAUGUUGUCCUUGAAAAUGCUCCUAGAAAUGCUCAAUAUAUAUCUCUCGGUGUUCAAAAAGAUAUGUUGCAUAUCUUUGCUAGAAAAGUGCGUGCAACAAUUCGAGAAGAAAUUGAAAUUUCAUCAGUUCUUUCUCAUCAUAAUCUUGAUGUUCAAAAUCUUAGGGGACAAAGCUUGCUAUGCAUGUUUGAUGCUACUUGUGAAGUUCUUGAAAAAAGCACUGAAGAAGGUAAUUUCUCCACUCGUGGUGAUGCUAGUGCUACUUAUGAUGCUAUCACAUCCUCUGAAUUUGUCUUUAUUUUGCAUUUGAUGAGAAAUAUUUUGGAAGUUAUUCAUGAUCUUUGUCAAGCUUUGCAACGAAAAAAUCAAGACAUAUUGAAUGCUUUAACUCUGUUGCAAGAGAUUAAUAGAAGAUUCAAUGAUAAUAUGGUAGAAUUGCUUACUUUAAGUUCAACUUUAGAUCUCAGAGAAAAUUAUAAGCUCUUUAGUGUCAACAAAGUAUGUGAAUUAGUAGAACGAUUUUAUCCAAGCGACUUCAGUGACCAAAAGAAAUUUCACAUUAGAAUUCAAGCUCAACAUUAUGAACUUGAUAUUCCUAAUCAUGUUGAGUUAACUAACUUGUACACAAUUUCAGAGUUAUGUCAAGGAUUAACGAAGAUAGGAAAGUCUUUAACAUAUCCUUUGAUUGAUCGUUUGAUUUGCUUGGUAUUAACUCUCCCUGUUUCAACUGCUACAACUGAGAGAUCUUUUUCAGCAAUGAAUAUUGUGAAGAAUAGACUCAGAAACAAAAUGGAAGAUGAAUUUCUUGCUGAUUGUCUUUUGAUUUAUAUUGAGAAGAAGAUUGCUGAAAGAUUUGACACCAAUUCUAUUAUCGAUGAAUUUUAUAAUAUGAAGAAUCGAUGUGUACCACUUCGUUAG